AUGGGGGACGCCCUGGAGGCGACGGGGAGGCAGAACGUGGGGGGUGAGGAUGAGGAUGGGACGCAGGGGGAGGAAAAGGCGGUAGCGGGGUUGGACUUUGAGGGGAGUGAGAUCCAUGGAGACCCGACGGCGAGGAAACAGAAGCUGCGGUACGAGGGCGAUCAGUACACGCCACAAUGGGUCCGUAAUACGGGGCAGGCCAAAGAGGGCUUUUGCGACACUUGUGUCCCCGGCAAGUGGCUACAGCUCAAGAAUAGUGCCUUCUGGUACCACAAACAAUUUUUCCAUGGAAUUUCCUCCGUCUCUGGCAAGUUGUUCUCGAACCCGGUGCAGACCCGGCAGAUGGAGCAGGACGAUAUCGAGGGACUCUGCCACCAGUGCAACGAAUGGAUCCCGAUCUCGAACCACAAGCGACAGAACUCGAUGCUGUGGUACCGUCAUGCGCACAAGUGUCAUAUCUACCACAAGCCCAAGACCCAGGGCCAGAGUUCCGCACGCUCGUCGUUUUCGGCCCCACAGCCUCUGCCGACGUUUACGGAUGGACAACAUGGGCAUGGUGGGCAUGGCCACGGACUUGGGCUUGGGCUUGGGCAUGGACUUGGACUGGGACUUGGGCAUCCGAUGAUGCAGAGCGGUAGUAAUAGCAGUGGUGGUAGUGAGCAACAACAACAGCAGCAGCAGCAGCAGCAACAACAACAACAGCAGCAGCAGCAGUAG